CCACUACAUUACAUUAAAACUAAUAAAAAUAAUUUACAAAAAUAAAGUUAUAUAUAAAUUAACAUAAAUAAUACAAAAUUUAAUGAAAACUUGAACCAACCAGUUGGGUAUAUCACCUUGUGUUACUUAAUAUACUUUACCGAAAUGGUGAUUAUUUUAUAAUUUUAAAAGCCGUAUUUUAAUAUGCCUCGGGACGACUUUAGAGGCAAGAAUUUUGACUCUCCUCACCGAUGGAGGGAUGAUUCCUACAGUCGAAGCAAUAAUAAAUUUAAGAGAAAGCUAAAUAUUCCUGAAGGUGACCGUUCCAGGAGACCUGUUCCUCCUUUCCCAAUGCCUUUACCUGAUUUUAGUGGAUUAGUUCCACCUAAGGACGGAAAUAUGCCUGUUCUUCUUCCUGGGAUGCAACUCCCUCCUCCUAUUUUAAUGAAUAUGCCUCUUCCUCCACCUGAUUCUGACCCUGAGGAGAUAAAGAAGGCUUUGAAGCUUAUAAUGUCCAACUUCCCUGGAUUUCCUAAAGAUGCUAAGCUUCCUUUCCCUCCUGUUCCUAGGCAAGCUCCGUAUCGCAAGAAGAAAAGGCGUGAUAUACCUGUUGAACGUGCUCCACCUACUGCUGAGGACCUCUAUGAACUUGAGAUUGAUAAGAAACUGGCUGAGGCUGAAAGACUCCAGGAAUCACCCGUUUCAAUGUUUCUUAAGGUUCCUGGUCUUCUUAGCAAACGACACCUUAAAGGCUCAACAAUUGAUCAAAUUGAAAGGGCUGCUGAUCGCAGAAAAUUAAAGGUAAGGUACUUGGAGCACUUUGACCAGUUUAAGAGUGAUAGAGAAAAGGCUCAUUCCGACCUUAUUGAGAGGGUUUACAAGGAAUACAAGUCUCUGGGUUUAGGAAAGAUUGAAGGCGUUCUGCCCCUCCUGGAUGGCCUUGAUUAGUUUAAUUUUCAUCUCUUCUAUGCUUGUAUAUUCUGGCAUUUUAAGAUAAUUUGUGCAAGUCAUUACACUUGGUAACUCGUCUGCAUUCCCCUUCUUAACUACUCUCAUCAAUGGCCUAUAAAUUUGUUAUCCAUGUG